GUGACUUAUAUCGGAGAGGAGAGAAGCCGCGACUCGAAAAAAUCCAGUUGGUCACCCUGUCAUUGGUUCACGCGGCUCGACAAAUUUAAAAGCGAAAACCGAUGGAAGUCGCGACAUCUCGGGGGUGAAGCUUGCACCCGUUUGAGAGUUUCGCCGCUAGAUGGCAGAGCGAGCCAGUGCUGGCGUUAGUUGCGGAUUCGCGGGAAACUGAUUCUUACCAAGUACGUAAAUGUCCGGAUCACGGAACGCUUUUCUGGCUCAAGGACUUAUCGUCCGCUACGAUUUAUCAAACAUCGACCGUUCGAGAACUGUCGUGCCGCCAUCUUGUACCCUGUAAACGGUUUCGUCGGCAGGCUCGUCCGAUAAAGGAGUCGGAUUCCAACCCACCGUGCACAUCCCGAUCGAGGCGUACCGUUCGCGCGUUCGUCUGUAGGGGAACGUAGGCAGGCUUCGUGUUUACGUGCCGGUCGAUCAUCGGCAGAGUCGUUCGGUGUCCCUCGCUUUCUCGGGUACGCGCUCGUUAGACGCGCCCUAAAAUCGGCGGGACGUAAGCCAUGCGACGUUGUCCUUUUGGUCGGGCGGUUUGGGCGGUUUAGGCGGUUUAGGCGGAGGCGCCGGAGAGGAGAGGAUGGCGAGCUUCAAGGAUCUGAUGCAAGAGUGGUCCAUGCUCGGCCAGGAAUGUCCCGAGUGUUGGCCGAAAACCGACCUGCAGCUGGCGGCGGAACUCGGCAAGACAUUGCUGGAGCGCAACAAGGAACUGGAGAACAGCCUGAAGCUGCAUCAGUCCACCAUCGACGAACAGGCCCAAGAAAUAGAGUACAUGAAGAAGCAGACGACGGCGUUGAGGGAGGUGAAUGAUUCUCGCCUGAAGAUCUACGAACAGCUGGAGGUUAGCAUCCAGGACUUGGAGCGCGCGAACCACCGACUCGUGGUCGAGAACGCCGGCGACAAGAAGCUGAUAAAAAGCCAGUGCUCGACGAUCGAGAACCUCGAGGCGAGGUGCGAGGAGCUGCACAAGAAGGUGGACGAGGCGCGCGACCGAUACGAGGCCCUCCUUCAUCGGCAGAGCGGCGGUCAGUCGUCCAGCGGGGCGGACUCGCGAGCUACCGUCCGGAAGGGGUCGACCUCGCGAGAUGGCAGCACGCAACAGAACGCUGCCUCGACCCCGCCGGCCCCCGUCCCGGACGUCUCGGGUAGCUCGAGUGCCCGGGAAUCGUCCAAGAGCGGCGCCAACGACGAGGAGACGACCGACCUGCUGAGGCAGCUGAACGAAGCUCGGAGCCAGCGGGCGAGGGAGCAGAAGAGGGUGGCCGAACUCGGCGAACAGCUGACGACCCUCCUGCAGGAGAACGCCCUGCUGGAGGAGCAGCUCAACGUCUGGAGGCACAAGGCGCAGGACAUGAAGAGUCUGCAGGAGGAAAUAAGCACGCUGGAGGAAGUGAGACAAGGACACCUCUGCGGCCGUUGUCUGCGAGGCAUCGACACGAAGACUCACGACGAGCUCUCCGUAAUGCUGGACCAGGAGGAGGACGACGACGUCGGCUUGGCCGAGUCGUACACCAGCCUCGGCCCCUGCGACGCGGAGUCCUUAUCGCAGGAGCCGGCCGCCGGCAAGGAGGAAGUCGCGGACAACCCCUACCGGGUGCUGGUCGAGAAGUACGAGGCCCUGCUCAAGGUGCAGAGGCGGCCCAGGAGCGCGGCCGCCCCGGCGGGUUGCCUGUCGCUCCAGGAGGAGCUGGAGAUGUCGGGGGAGUUCGACGGCUUCCAGCCAGAGGCGCCGCCCAGGGACCGCCUCGCCGGGGCCGCCAGACGGCAGGCGGGCCCCAGAAAGCCGUUCUCCGCCACGCCGACCGAUUUCUCCUCGGAGACCUCCUCGGGGUUCGCCGACGAGACCAGCAACAAGGCCACGCAGACCGAGGGCAGACCCGGCUCGUUCCUCUGCACCAUCGCCGACGGCGAGGACUGCCGCUUCAGCAUCUACGACGAUACGAGCUCCUUCGAGAGCAGGUUCCUCAAGACGCCGGAGUACCGGCAGACCUUCAGCGAGAUGCUCAGCGUACUGAAGCAGGCGGCCGAGGGCGACAAGGUGCCGCCGGCCUCGGCCCGGGUCGGCUCGGACGCGGGCCCCGGGGAGGACGCGCCCAGCGAGGCCACCGACGACAACCGCAGCGUCGUCUCCUCGGCCGUGUCCUCCGUCGUCUCGGAGCCUCUCUUUAGGGUGCACGAGCGGGCGGAGCGCCGGAGGGACGACAGGGCAAGGGCCGAGGACGCAGCCACGCCCAGGCCCCUCCACGGCCCCAGGAAGCCUCUGGAGUACCUGUCCGUCAGCGUGCAGGUGCGCAAGAAGGCCUCGGCGAAGAAGGCCGCCUGCAAGAAGCCGGGGCCGGGCCAGGGCGAACGGCCCACCACCCCCGACGUGGUGCCCACCACCAACCCCAAGGUCGGUCACAUCAAGCCCAGCCCCGGCCGCAGGCGGUUCCGGCCGCUGGCCGCCGACGCCGGGGUCUGGAACGGCAACACCCUCCACGUGUACCCCAAUCGGACGAAGACGUCGACCCCGGGGCCGAACCGUCGGCAGGCCGCCCCCGAGUCGCCUGGCGCCGCCUUCGAGUACAGGCCCGGGCCCGCCUCCGAGGAGGUCGCCAAGCUCAGGCGACUCGAGAUGUCCUACGCCGAGGCUCUCCGCAUGCCCAACAAGCCCAAAUCCAAUAGUCGUAGGAACUAGAGCGCCCCGACGCUCCUCUAGCAGGCCGGCUCUCCAGGGAGGACCGACCCCGCCACUCUGCCAAGUUAUUCUCUCGGACGUUUCCGUCUCGUCUCGUCUCGUCUCGUCUCGGCUCGCCUCCGGGCCGGCUCGGCGGCAGCGGGGCCGGUUCCGGGGCCGGUUCCGGGGCCGGUUCCGGACGAUUGUACAUAACUACGCGGCGGAACUUAGUCAGGCCUAGACGAGCGCUGGAGCGGUCGAAUGUCUCGUCGAUGCGACCGUACGUACGUUACGCAUCCACAUAAAUAUUUUGUAUUUCGUGUUGUACAUUUUUCCUUUUCUCUUCUUAAUCGUCGCCAAAGCGGGAGCAACUCGACUCGGAGAUUUUCAUGGAUUUUUAGGACCAAAUCGCGACGGAGCCUCGACUGGACGUUGCCAACGAGUCGGCGAACGAUGUCACGGUCCAUGUGCCAUUUUUAGUCGAGACGUCGAAACACUAUCCGUGUUCUCUUCCACGCCGAUUUCGUCGGUCCUGACCUAACGAUGCAUCGUGGAGUUCGUUAGCUUUUGUAUUAUUCAGGUUUAGAUGCAACGUUAGCGGUCGUCCUGGAUAAGCGAAUAAACUUCUUCAAUGCA